UCUUCGCCUGUGGCGCAGGACGCAGCCCAAGCUUCGGAUGUUGGCAUAGUCUGGGCGCGUAGGGGUAGUGCGCGGGAAGAGCUCCCUGUCUCUCAACAAGCGUUCACAGCGCAGUGACCGUGCGGCUGUUGGACAUGGCCGAAGAAGACGGUUUUGUUGAAGAGCCCCCCGAUACUCCGACGCGCCCAGGUCAGAGCCUACCGGUCAGCAGCAUGCCGUACCCCAUGGUGCGGCUGGUGCGCAAGAGCAGCACGCUGUCGAGUCAGCUGCACUCGCCGCUGCACCGUGGCGAAGCCGUCCUGCCCUGCUCGGGACAGGUCCGCCCGGCACGAGCAACGUCGCCCCCAUCCUCGCCCAAGCAUGAUGCGCACGACGACGGCCCUGCACGCCUCCGGCGAACGGGCAGCGGAGACGUCAUUAUCGGCGAGGUAGUCCUCAUGCAGCCUCGGCGCGCGUACGGGGCCUCGGGCGAAGGUCCCGCCGACAUGGUGCAAGUGGAGCUGGACUCGAUGCGGGAGACUCCGCCACCGCAACGAGGACGAAGCGACGAAGAAGUGCCGCUCUCCUGGAUAAAGAGAGGCAAGACAGCUGGCAAGGUAGCCGCACUUGUGGCCAUUACGAUAAUCUGGCUGUUGCUGGUCGCUGGAGCGAGCACCUACUACUUCAUUGAGUCCGAGUUAAACGCCACAUCACCAAGUCAAGGAGCUGCGCGGCUAUUAAGUAACGGGAUAGCAGCAAUUUACAACGCAACUCAUCAUCAAUGACGUCCAUAAAGGCACUUCGUCUUUUUUUUU